UGUUGAGAAAAAUAAUAAUUUAGUCUUUGAAUAAAUAAUAUAAACACAAUAAAUGAAGAAGGUAAAUAAAUUGAUUUGGGCUUUAAUAUUAGUAUUAUGAAUGUUGAAUGAAUAAAACAUUUUCAUAAUAAAAAAUCGAUGCCGCUAGCAAUUUUGUCACCGGUUUUCGUGAUAAUCAACUUUGAAAUUGUUAUAUUAAUUCAUAAAUCAUUAUCUCAGUACGCACCUACUGUAUAUAUUUAACACCCAGAACCGUAUACACGGGCAGCUUAUUUUGAACAUUACGAUGACCAGGAAUAUGUAUGGCCAACAGAAAAUAACAAUUUAAAAACUCAAUCUAACCAUAGAAAAAGAAAGAAAUACAGUUAUUAUUCUGGCAGUUCUGAGUUUGACUACGAAGCGAAGAGAUUAAAAUGCAAAUGCUCUUGUAGAAAAUGUGGUAAAAAUAAGCAUUCAUAUUAUGAGCAACAAAAAGAGUGCUGUUUUUCUUUUUGCAUUAAAUGCUCUGAUAAAAAUAAUGUAUAUGAUUUUGAUUAUAUGACUCAUACUACGACUACUGAAACUAGUCCUGAAUCAUAUGGUAAUUUAUGUCCAUCAUUACCUUGGUUUGAGUGUUAUCAAGAAAUAAUGACUAUCGAUGAAGGCACAAUUUUCGAAGGUUAUACCAUAAAAUUUCACAAAAAGAAAGAUAAAAAAAAGGAUAAAAAAGAUAAAGAUAAAGAUAAAGACAAAGACAAAGACAAAGACAAAGACAAAGACAAAGACAAAGACAAAGACAAAGACAAAGACAAAGACAAAGACAAAGACAAAGACAAAGACAAAGACAAAGACAAAGACAAAGACAAAGACAAAGACAAAGACAAAGACAAAGACAAAGACAAAGACAAAGACAAAGACAAAGACAAAGACAAAGACAAAGAAACAAACAAAGACAAAGACCAAGAUAAAGACAUAGAUAAAGACAUAGAUAAAGAUAAAGAUAAAAACAAAGAUAAAGACCAAGAUACAGACAUAGAUAAAGAUAUUGAUACAGACAAAGACAAAAAUAAAGAUAAAGACAAAGACAAAAACAAAGACAAAGAUAAAGACAUAGAUAAAGAUAAAAACAAAGAUAAAGACCAAGAUACAGACAUAGAUAAAGAUAUAGAUACAGACAAAGAAAAAGACAAAAAUAAAGAUAAAGACAAAGACAAAAACAAAGAUAAAGACAUAGAUAAAGACAAAGAUAAAGAUAACGGGAAAGACAUAAAUAAUACAAAAACAACAGCAACUACUACUACUACUAAUACAGCAACAACAGCAACAACCAAAACAACAAGUAGAGUAUCAGAAUCAACAGUUCCCUAUCGAGGGAAUGAUGAAGGCAAAUUGUUGCUUAAUAGUUAUUUUCCAAAAAAGAAGCAAUGUCUUAGAAAUAACUGCUUAAGAGAUAAUACAGGUCGUAAAAUCGGGAGAUAUUUUUAUAAUGAUUUGGUUAUGCGACCUACAGUUGGUAGCACUUUCUACAAUUUCGUCAACUAUUAAAUUAAUCAUAAGAGGUUCUAAACUUAUUCGUCAACAUUUACGUUUUUAGAAGAUAACAUAAAUUUACCACCGCUGCAAGACAUCUACUGCGUGACCUUUUUAAUAAAUAAGAAAUCCGUUUAAUUAGGGGCGUCAGCAAAACAUUUAUAUUUAAUUUUUUCCCAUAAUUAUUAUAAAUCAUUACUCGAAAGUAUAUCGCAAAUCAUUUUUUUAUU